AUGGUACUCAACCUCGAAAGGCAGCUUACCUUUUAUGGCGCCUACCACCACAAUUCGGUCAAUGUCGCCAUCCACAUGGUGUGCGUCCCCUUGAUCUUGUUCUCCGGCUUCGCUAUAGCUGCAAAUACCGGAACCGUCAUCCCGUUACCCAAGGCGCUGACGAUAGACCAUCUCGACCUUAACCUGGGCACAUUGUCUGCGCUUACUUGGGGCGGCUUAUACGUCCUCCUCGAGCCCGUCGCGGGAACCAUCUUGGCCCUGAUAUGUCUGGGUGCCGCCGCCAUCACGAACACCGCCCUAUCCGAAAGCCCCGUCCUGACGAACCAAGUGGCCAUUGCCGUGCACGUGAUAUGUUGGCUGCUUCAGUUUGUGGGCCACGGAGUCUUUGAGCGUCGGGCACCUGCCUUGCUAGAUAACCUCGUUCAAGCCGUUUUCCUGGCGCCCCUCUUCGUCUGGCUGGAGCUGUUGUUCAAGUUCGGUUACAGGCGGGAGCUCCGGGACCGCGUCGGGAAGGCCAUCCAAGUUGAGAUAGCUAAAUUCAAACAACGCAAAUCCAACGGCGCCCCAAAGAGCGGGAAGGCCCAAUGA